UGUGUGGCUGGGCUCGCGUCGCCCUCCAGUCGUGCUGCGUCGGGCGGUGAACAUAUACCAUCACUGCUGAUGUAGCCACUUGUGGGGUCUUACCAGACUUGGCCUGGUAUGUCUGUUACGCUUGGUGUGAGUGUGCACUGUAUCGUUAACAGUAGGCCUGUCUGUUGGUGCCAGCUGUUGCACUCCUCUUCCCAACACUUCGCAUGCUGAGAUACCGUCCCCUAGGAGCUAAUCAGCCUGCGAGCACUCCUGUGUAGACACUACAACCACAGAAAACGACUGACCACCCAUUACGUUGUCGGAGGAUGGACUAUGUUCUGAGUGAAGACCAGGCACUGAGAAGACCAGGCACUGAGAAGACCAGGCACUGAGAGGACCAAGCACUGAGAAGACCAGGCACUGAGAGGACCAGGCACUGAGAAGACCAGGCACUGAGAGGACCAGGCCCUGAGAAGACCAGCACUGAGGACCAGGCCCUGAGAAGACCAGGCACUGAGAGGACCAGGCCCUGAGAAGACCAGGACUCAGAAUACCUGCAGGAAGUUUGAUGAAUGGCCCGGUUCUUCCCACCUGACCUCCGCCACCUCAUCUUAUCACCCUGUCACUACAAGGCUGCUUUCUCCCGCCCACCACGUCAUUGCGUGCCCACCGCGUCACCGCCUCCGUCAUCACCUCCCAGCCACUCGCUUCACUGGGAAUCAUGACGACAUAACCUUCCAGCUGACGAUUCACUGGUGAUGAUGGCGUCAUUACCCGUAGAGGCCAAUCCUGUUCGAGGGUGGCCGAGGGAGUGUUUACAAGGCUUGUACCAAGGGAAUCUCGUUUCUCGCAAGAUCGUGACGGUGUAAAGGAUGCCCACGAAAUGAUAUAUAACCCGGGAACUCAGCAGUUAUCGCCAUUCAGCUCUCAGGUUCAGGCUGUGAAGAUUGUAUCAAGUGUGACAAGAGGCGGUGAGGCCCAGACCAGAGAAGCUGCAACACUUGCAGGGCUGCAGAUUACUGGUGUGCGUGUGAGGGAGAAACAUCCGUGGGGACACUACCCAAAAGAGGACAGCGAGAGUCGUGCCCGGCGCUACCUUGUGAAGGUAGAGCAGCACCUCCGCGCACGACGCAAGCCACAGGAAGCCCCAAGAAAGACUAAAGUUACAGCCAUAACAAGCAGUAACCAGAUAACCUCCGCCCGCACGCCCGUGGCCGCCCAACGUGACCAGCGCAAAAACAGAGCCGAACGCCAGUCUGAAAGAUUACUCUGGCGCCGAGGACAAUCCUGGCAAUCUAGACAAUCUCGGCUGAAUUUUUUCAAUCAACGCCACAAUCAUAUUCAGGAGAGAGAGAGUACUGCAGCACUCUGUGAGGUCCUCUUCGUUCAGAACUCUGGUCUGUGUGUGCAACGCGUCGCUCCUCCACCCAUCUACAGAACCCACCCACACUCACCGGUACUUCCAAAAAGUGUACAGACCUGUGCUGAAAUUCCGGCACCUCAAACGUGCCAACCAGAGCCAGAACAGCCAGCUUACCCUCAGCAACUAGACCCUAGAACGCUGUUCUCAGUAACGAUCAGAACAGCAUCCACUCAACAGCAGCCAUCAGGUCAAAAUUGCAACAAACAGCCGUGCAGCCGCCUGCCAUCAGCCGGCCAGCAGAGCAGCUGUGCGCACGUGUCAACAGUGAGGGAGAGCCUCUCCUCCCCUGACAGAGCCACCUGCCUCCCCACGACAACGCGCAGCCUUCAGUCACUCCCCGGCCGCACCAACAACCACAGCAGCCAGUCUGACUCCUCCCGCCGCUGGUAUAUAGCGCCGAGCACCACGCACGCUAGGCAGUUACACACGCAAUCUCGUACUGGAUACACGUGCUCUCCUGACACCAGUGCUCCUGAGCCAAGCCUUGUGAAAGUUGGCAGUGCUAGCGUUCAGUGACAAGCUACAGGCAGCACAGCAGUGAGUGCUGGUGAAGGGCUCCACCUGUAACAGGCUCUCUCAUCUUAGCAUCAAACUGACACCCCCAGCACAGUCUUCAGUAAUGGCUAACGAGACAGAAACUCAGCAAAACGAACUCAACAACUCUCAGGUCAACGGUCAAGUCAAGCACGUCAAGGGCUACAGGAAGAAAGGGCUCGUCAGUGAAAAGGUGCUGCUGGAGCGACUUUCCGACAUGAGCAUCGAGGACGAUCUUCUAAAUCCUGGUAUUACUCUCAGCUCAGUCGAGGACGACGAUGACGAUGACUGUCCCAUGGAGGAAGGUUCACCAAAGCCCGUCAAAAAAGGGACUCUGCAGAAGAGUUUGUCCCUAGCAGUGCCCUCUCUCAACCUGGCCGAGGAACCCAAGAGACCGCCUCUCUAACCACCGAUAGCAGCAGCACUCAGUAUGCCCUGAAUCUCACCCUCAUUGUCCCUUAAGGGAUAUUCGCAGCUCCUUCCUUGUUGUUUACCUCCACAGAGGCAAUCUCACCAGUACCACCCACCUGUAGGACACCUGUUUCUGACGCCUUGGCUGCUGUUUUCGCCUGUCCCUGCUGUAGCUGCGUCAGUAGAGGAGCUGCGUCGCUUCGUCCUGCCGCUAGAACAACGUAGGUCGUCGACUGGGAGGGCUUCGUCCUGCUAGCAGGCAACUGGUGCUGGCCCCUCUCUGUUGGGUGCGAAUCUGAAAAUUGGCAUCGUGGAAAAAAAAUGUACGCAAGAGUGUGAUUGUGCUAAUGUGACUGUAGCUGUAAUUUGAAAUAAACUGAUUUCCACUUUUUUUUUUUUUGGACUAACUGGACGAGUCCGGUAACGAGACUUUCUGUGGAUAACCGUCCGAGUACAAGGAGUCUAGUGUCUACUGAAUACUAGCGCAGAUGUCAUUCAGCACUAAAGACAUUUGGAACAAGUUUACCCAUUCAACUUUCCCAGUAGCCUUUUUCAUACAGUUAUUUGUUACAAAGUUCAACAGCGGUUUAGAAGUCUGCCAGCUAGAUGAAAUUUGAGUACCCAUAUGCUAGAUGGUACACCAGAGAAACUCGUCUUAAGGUGUCAAACUACUGCUAUAGCCGCCCCUCAGAACUCUUAAUUUUACAUGUAAACACAGUACAUAUGUAGAGAGGAAGCUCAUCUUUAUUGUAUAUAGUUAGCUUUAUUGAUUUUUGUCACUGUAUUUGACAGGCAGUGUUUUGAUGUGAGUUUGUUGUACUGACCAUGAGUUCGUUGCCCAGGCGCUGAUGAACGCCUCACUCUUCCAGGUCAUCUCAUGGUCACAUUUUGUACUUGGAUUAAUGUAAGAGCUUGAGUCUAAUAUGUCAAGAGACUGUGAAGGUCUUGAGAGAUCAUAUCCAUUCAUUCAAACAUUUAUUUAUCAUUUUCAUAAAUAAAAUCAUGCCAAAAUAUGAUACAUAUAUGACAAAGAUAUUUUACUUAUGUUACCUCUGGGGAAUGAACUAACAGGGCGAAGAAUGAUUUAUUCUUGAGUACCUUAUGUAUCAAAUUGUUUGACAAACUUGUAUAAAUUGGUUUUGUCUGUCUAGAGAAUGGAAGAAUGACAUGAUACCUAGACAGCAAUUAAAACUGAUGAACUUGGUUACACAUUUAUCUAUGAACAAACAUUCUAGGAAUCUGAAGCUAGUGCAAUACUAAGCAAUUACUAGUCAAUGAUUUUAUGCAAGGAUCACUUUUUUAUGGCCAUACACGAGAGUAGCAAACUUAUCUAGGCAGGCAUUUUUUCAAACCUAUUUUUAUCGCUGAGAGUUUCAAGUUCUUAGAAUCUGUAAUAUUAAGUAUAUGAUAAUUUCUUGUGACAGUUAUGGGACUUCAGGUCUUCAGUGGAAGCAUCUUUAAACUAAGUCAGGUACAGUUGAAGAAAGUAAUAUACACUGAGAGGUGUGUAUAUCAAGUGUAUAUGCAGAGAGUUUACUUUAAUCCCUAUUUUAGGAAUUAAAGUAUCUUUGAUUGUAAAUAGGUUACAUUCAGCCUUAAUGACCCUCGUGUAAGAGAUAUUUUAAACUCAGUUAACCAUUUGCAGCAGAUUGAGCUAAAUCUGAUGUAAUCAGAUUUGCAAAACAGGUCUUCUGUUGCAGGAGCUGCAACUAAGGCUGAUUGUUGACACUGAUCAGGAAAAUGGCAGACGCAAAAUCUGAUUAUAAGAGCCUUACGAACGCAUGUUUGGAAUGAUGUCCAGAAGUUCGAAGAAACAAAAACUUGUCAAUAUUGGCUCAAUUAUUUUUAUUAAAUGACUGACAGUUACAGAUGACAAAAAAAUAUUGUCCUGAAAACUUAUUUUCGCUUGAAGAACUAACGUAUUAGUCAUCUUAAUUAAUGUAUAAAAAUUUUAAAAAGACCAUAAUUAAUUAACGAAAACAAUAUAUAGGUAAACGUUUUUUCUCCCUCAUUAAUGAGCAAUUGAAAACUAGAAAAAUGAGGCUUCCAAGAUGAAGUUCUGGUAAGACAUCAGUUGAGAGUUAGCUAAAUCCUGUCAGUAUUUGAGAUAAGAGACAAGGUCAAUAAAAUUAGACCAUUGUAGGUGGUGGUCUGGAGACAGCAGUCGGUGUUUAGUAAUGGCUGGUGGAUGGCCUUCGAGGAAUGUUGAGCUUUGGUGAAAGUUGAACAAGUGGCGUUAAUACCGUCAAUCAAUAUCUUUAUCCAACAAUUUUGAGAUAAAAGAUUUAAUACUUUUCAAAUUGAGAAAGCCUUUGUUUUCCUUUUAAGGUGUUGAACACGGGCUACUGAACACUACCUAAGACCAGUUGACUGUUGAACAAUUACUUGUUCAGAACCCUAUGAUAUAAAAUGGUUUUCGUAGACUUUUAGAUUUAGGCGUGUGAAUGAGACAUUGUCAAAAGCCUUCUGGGGCAUUUUUUUUCCUUUCAUAACAAUGGCGGCAGUAGGAGCUGUCACAGUUAGGCACUGAAAAAUGUGUCUUUGUCUCCCACACGGCCAGUGUGAUAUUUAUACAUAUAAACUAUUGUCUACUUAAUUAUCUGCAUGGCAUCAUCACCUUCAUGGAAUACAUAAACAGUAUUAUUAAGUAAACAUGAGUGUCAAAAAUAAUGAACUAAGAUAAAUGAAUUAUUAAGGGAGUGAUAACUUUUUAAAUUUAUAAAAGACUAUUUUUUUCCUCAAGAAAACAGAUUAAUCUAUUUCCCUCGGGAGGAAAACAUGCGAUUAAAAAAAUCCUAUUUUUUUUAACACGGCGAUUGGCUAUAUAAUUAUGGCAUAUAAGUAUGGCACAGCGCUAUGGCAGAACUAUGGCACAGAACUAUAGUAUAGAGAUAAUGUAUUGAACUAUGGCAUAGAUCUACGGCACAGCGCUAUGGAAUAUGACUAUGUUACAGAACCGUGGUACAGAACUGUGCCAUAGAACUAUGGCAUAGAAUUGUUGCAUAUAAUUACUGCACAGACCUCGUGCAUAAUUUAUGGACAUACGUUUGGCUGUUAUCAUAAAUAUAAUUUCAAUGGCAUUAUCGAGAAUUUCGAAACUACUGUCGUCUUUAUUCUGACCAAUAAACAUGGUCGGAUGUUAGGAACAUUCGUCAUAAUACAGAAUGUUUAAAUGAUAGUUUCCAAUAGUUGUUGUGAUUAUCAGUGGUUUGCCUCUAUUCCGCAGUACUGCAUCCAUUUGGUCCAGUGUACCGCAAGUAUAUGCUAAUCAUGCCAGCGAGGAGUAUAAUAUUAGUGCCAUGUAAUGGUUCAGUGUAGUCGAGACUCGGGUCCAGCCUUCAUGUGAACUUCUCUAAGUGUGCUCUCAAGUGGAAGUCUCUUGAUAUUAUACCUCUUUACUGCUUUAAAAUCAAAAUUAGCGAUAACUCGUUGUUGUACCUCGUUCAUUAUGAACUGGUAUCAGAGGCACUUGGAGUAUGUACGACUGUGUUAGCGUUGAUGCUGCCAUCUCCAUGUUUAAUGCUUCGGAGGCGAUGAACCAUUUUUUUUUAUAUCCUGAGGUCCUUCUCGAGAGCCCACUUAGCAGGUUGAGCACUUGAAAUCCUGUAGCCAGCCUACUUCCUCUCAAUGUACCUUACAAUGUCAUGUCUGCUUACUCUCAGACGUUUGGUUAACAGGUCAAGAUUCUUCCACAUUAAGAGUUUUGACACUGUUGUCCUCUGCUCGGCUUAUAUGUUACUCAUGUAUAACGGAAAAAAAAUUUGUAUUUGAGUGUCAUGUACUUGAUACGUAUAUUUUGGUUCUUGGGGAAACUUAGUAUAUUCCUUAAUAAUGUUGUUCGUGUAAGAUUUUAUAUUUUUUGACGAAAAGUGGAAGAGGGCUGCGUCCCCAAAUUUCCACGGCAGAGGCUAAUUUUCCAUGUUUCCAAACUGCGCCGUCAUUGAGUUACCUAAUAUGUCCUGCAUCACCAGCGUGGAUUCCGCCCCUGAUACCUGUCUGCCAGUGGAAGAUGAGGGCUGAUACAGACUGACUGCCUCUGGUCCCGUGAGAUGAUGGGAGAUCCUCGCUCCCACCAACGGGCAAAAUCUAAUCUUCAGUGAUUGUGCGGAUUUUGGGAAGAUCGAAGUGUAAUAUCCUGUCGCUGGGAGAACCAUGUUAAGCUCAGUCUGCAAGAUUUGGACACAUGACGAUAUGAUUUUUUGUUACACUGUAGCCGAUCACUGAAAAUCCUCUAUCAAUCACGGGAAUAUAUGCAGUCUAUCAAAUAUUCUCGAAAAUCAUAUACGUCUGAAACAGCAAGCUCUGUUCUCCUGUAAUUUCGUUAUCUUUAACGUUAAGAACGUACUGGGUUCCUUCUAAAGCCCACAACUGAGCUCCAGUAUUUAUUGUGAGAUCCAGCUCAUUUGUGGGUUUUACGGUUCAGUUACUCUGUACUGUAGGUUAUAUCUCCACUAAAUUUAUUCAUGUGCCGGAAGGUUUAUUCUUUUAAGGGACCUUUGAUGUCAGGGUCUUGAGAGUCUUUAAGUAAUAUAGACACACAGUAUUUUCAGCAGUUUGUUAGUCACAAUAAACUUUGUAGGACCUCUAGACCAGGCACUACAUGGCCUGUACACCAGGCACUGCAGGACCUGACACUAGGCACUGCAUAACCUGUGCACUAGGCACUCCAAGAGCUGUACAUCAUUAAACAAUGCAGAACCUGUGCAAUCAUCUUGCACUGCAGGACAUGUGCAAUCAUCUUGCACUGCAGGAUCUGUGCAUAAUCAGGCCCUGCAGGACCUGUGUAUCAGGCACUGCAGGACCUGUGCAUCAAGCGCUGCAACACCUGUGCAUCAGGCACUGCAACAUCUGUGCAUCCUCAGGCACUGCAACACCUGUGCAUCAUCAGGCACUGCAGGACCUGUGCAUCAAGCGCUGCAACACCUGUGCAUCAGGCACUGCAACACCUGUGCAUCAUCAGGUACUGCAACACCUGUGCAUCAUCAGGCACUGCAACACCUGUGCAUCAGGCACUGCAACACCUGUCCAUCAGGCACUGCAACACCUGUGUAUCAGGCACUGCAACGCCUAUGCACCAGGCACUGCAACACCUAUGCACCAGGCACUGCAGCAUAACAUCACAGGUACUUCGUAUCUUGUAAUUCCUUACAGGAAAAAAAUAAAAACCUUUCGAGCCGCCUUAAACAUGGUAUGUUUAUUGUCGAGACGUCAAGCCCGCCUAGAAAGGCGAACCUUGUCGGCAUUAUUAUGAGUCUUGAAGAAACCCCAUAUCUUGCAUACCCCUAAUCCAUCGUGCAGCUGAUGUAGACCAUUUUAAUAACCUGGAGAAUGUGAAGGGAGGAAUGUGUCAGGGAAGGAGAGCAUGUGUUGUGCGGAUACAGCACCCGCCACUCUGACGGUACAUGUAUCAUGGAAGUUUGUGACUGUAAACAAAAAAAAUUAUAAUAAAAAAACGAAUAAUAUGACACA